AUGGCAAACAGGCUGCUCAAGGGGUACUUUUACGCUGAAAGCACUCUCAACCGGACGUGCACAGAUGGCUGCGCCGACUUCCUGGCUCAGUACGAAAGCUCGGUCGUCAGCAGCUGCCGUGACGAGGAGUGGCAAGACUACUUCAACGCGGCCGAAAAGGACUCGGAGCCCGAGGCCGUCCAGGUGCGCGUCAUCCCGAACCUGCUCCGCCACCUCUUCGCCCUCACAUGCCUCAGGGACUCGGGGCGCUUCUGCAACGUCGUCAUCGGCAACGCCGCCAUGGCCGCGGACCCGGGGAGCACGCACUUUGGCUGGGCGCCCCCGCCGGGCAGCGGGGCCGACAUACCGUCGAGCUGCGACCUGUGCUUCGUCAAGCGGCUGCGCAUGGAGGCCGGGUCGCCCUACUACGAGGGCCCGCGCCUCUCGUCCAUGAGCCUGUACCAGUCCCUCACGUCGAGCUGCGGCGUGGCCGACAUGCCCCUGACGACCUCGACGCUCGACUUCCCGACGCCGACGGGCGCGCAGCCAACGCCCACCUGCGCGGGGAGCACCUACGCGGUGCAGGCGGGGGACACGUGCCUCUCCAUCUCCCAGUCGCAGUCCAUCGGCACCGGAUGGCUCGUCGACGACAACAACCUGGGGGCUUGGUGCUCCGACUUCCCCGCCCCCGGGACCAGCCUCUGCAUCGCCAACAAGUGCCAGGUGUACACGCUGCAGCCCAACGAGACCAGCUGCGCCGCGAUAGCCCGCAGGUCAAACAUCACCGAGGCCCAGCUGAAGGCGUGGAACCCCAUCAUCGACCUCGGCUGCUACAACCUCCCAAAAAUGAACGGGACGGCGCUGUGCGUCUCGGCGCCCGGGCGGCAGUACGUGCCGCCCGCCAACGCCACCAUCACGGGCAGCCCGGGGACGGGGGCCACGCCGGUGCCGGUGCCUGGCGACGUCGCCGAGGGCACGACGACGCGCUGCGCGCGCUACCACUACGUGCUGCCGGACGAGUACUGCAACCUCCUGAGCCUCAAGUACGGCAUCUCCAUCCCCGACUUCAUCACGCUGAACCCGGCCGUCAACGAGAACUGCACCAACCUCUUUGCCAAGGAGAGCUACUGCGUCCAGCCCGUGGGGGACAUCAACACGUACCCGGGGCGGCCGGGCCACUCGUCCACGCGGACGGGCACGGCCACGGUGGACCCGGGCCCCUCGACGGCGUUCACGCUGCUGCCGGACUCGACCAUGGUGCCGUACGAGCGCAACGACACGCGCUCGCCGCUCGCCGACGGCACGCGGGACGACUGCGCCCACUACCUCGAGGGCGCCUGGUUCACCAACGUCACGUCGGGCGGGUCCCUGGGCAGCGUCUGCGCCCUGGCCGCGAGCAACUACUUUGCCGAGCUCGAGGCGCUGGGGCUCUGGAACCCUAGCCUGGGCAACACGUCGGACCCCGGGUGCAGGUUCGAGGUCGGCAAGAGGUACUGCGCGCAGCUGUACUGGGACGCCAACGGCGCUCAGCCGGUGCCCGACGGGCCUCUGUAUGAGUAUGAACUUCGGGAAGGCUACAUCAAAGGCUGCACACGGUUCAGCGAUGUCCCCCUUGGCUGGGAAUGCAGUGACAUCUAUGACUACUACGGCAUAACAAAGGAGCAGUUUUACCAGUAUAACCCUGCCGUAGGCUCGGACUGCAACAAUCUCUGGCCAAACUACGCAUACUGCACAUCCACCAACCCGAACCCAGACGAAGGGGGCGGCGGGGGAGACACCACGACGAUCAGCUCGACCACCACCACCACCACCGGCCCCGGCUCGACGCCGACCAAGGCGCCCGGGCAGACGCAGGACGGCCAAGCGGCCAACUGCAACAAGUGGGUGAUGGCCCAGGCCGGGGACGGCUGCUGGGCCAUCGCGGACAGGUCGGGGAUCCAGCUCGCCGACUUUUACCUGUGGAACACGGUGCUGGGCAAGGACGGGAGCGAGUGCGGGACCAUGAUCUGGCCGGAAUAUUGGUAUUGCGUUGGGGUUUCACCAUCGAGGUAGACGAUGAGGACCUUUCUUUUUUUUUUUUUUUUUUGUGUU